AUGGCAUGGCGUAGACGCGCCGGCCAGCGGCGCCCGAGGCGUCUCACGUUUCUGGCGCGUGGGAUCCUGCUGCUGGUCGGCUUGCUUGUGCUGAAUGCGGUGCUGUGGGUCAUUUCGGCGAUCGUGUUUACCGUGCUCAACCGCCGCUCGGGCACCGCGGAGCAGCGCGCGGAGGCGCAGAAGAUCCUGGACGACAAUGACGAUGCACCGGCGAAGGCCGGCUCGCUGCUCAGUGUCGCGCUGAUUGCGUGGACGUGGGGCCUGCGCCAUGCGCUGGACGCGGACCACAUCUCGGCGAUCGACAAUGCCACGCGGCGCAUCAUGGCCGUGCCGCGGCGCGACGGCUACGGGUUCCGCCGGCCGACGACGGUCGGCGUGUUCUUUAGCAUGGGGCACUCGACCGUGGUGGUGUCGAUCCUCAUCGCCGUCGGCAUCUCGUUCACGACGUUCUCCAACAUGGAUACGUUCUCGGAUGUGGGCGGCAUCAUCGGCGCCUCGAUCUCCGGCUCGUUCCUGUUCCUCAUCGGUGUGAUUAACACGGUGAUCCUCGUGCAUAGCGUGCGCCAGUGGCGCAAGGUGCGCCGCAUGCACGACCAGCUGGAGCCCGCCCCGCGGGACGAGGCGCAGGUCGCCGAGGCGGACAAGGCCCUCGAGGCCCAGGCGGACAAGGCCCUCGAGGCCCAGGCGGACAAGGCCCUCGAGGCCCAGGCGGACAAGGCCCUCGAGGCCCGGGCGGACAAGGCCCUCGAGGCCCGGGCGGAGCCCGCCCCGCUGGACGAGGCCCAGGUCGCCGAGGCGGAAAAGGCCCUCGAGGUCCAGGCGGCCGAGGCCCGGAGCACAGGGGCGAGCCGCGAGCGCGCCGCGGACCUGGAGGCGCCGCCCGCCGAGGGCGCGCACCAUGUCGAGUUCCGCGGCUUCAUCACGCGCCUGGCGUGGCCGCUGCUCAAGGUGAUCGACCGCCCGUGGAAGAUGUUCCCGAUCGGGAUCCUGUUCGGCCUGGGCUUCGACACCGCCAGCACCAUCUCGCUGCUGGGUAUCUCGAUGAUCGCGGGCGGCGCCAUCUCGGGCGGCGCCACGUCGAACGGCAGCGUGGUGCUCCUUGCGUUCCUGUUCACCGCCGGGAUGAUGCUCGUCGACUCGUGCGACUCGGUGCUCAUGAUCUGUGCGUAUGCAUGGGAGGAGCUCGAUGCGCUGCCCUGCUGGUACUGGCCCUGGGAGCCGGUGCCGGAGCAUGUGAGCACGAAGCAGGACAUGGCGACGUCGACGCGCCCCGAUAUGGCACACGAGCUCCUGCUGUCCGUGACGCCGUUCUCGAUGGUGCUGACUCUCCUCUCGAUUCUCGCCGCGUUCACCAUCUCGAUCAUCGAGAUCCUGGGCCUCAUCGGCGACCACUGCGCCCAGUGCUCCGACGCCGCGGACCGCCAGGCAGAGUCGGGCGAUGGCGGCCUCGCGGGCCGCUGGUGGCUCUGGUGGCGCUGGUGCAACGACUACUUUGGGUACAUCGGCGUUGGUAUCACGGGCAUCUUUGUUAUCUGCAUGAUCGUGGCCCUCAUUGUCACGGUACACUAUGCCAAGCGCCGCCGCCGCACACUCGCGCGCGCUCAGGCGCACUAG